AUGAGCGUCAAGGAUUGUUUGCCCCUCUUGGACUGUGGGAAUGCAUUCGACACUCUGAAACUCACUUUCCUGCUUCCCGAGUUGGACAAAGAAGAGGUAUUGUCAUCUACCGGGUUUGAAAUGCCCGCCAGGAGUGGCGGGAAAGUCACUCCCUUGUCACUUAGGUACAGCGGCCACCGGUUUGGCGUCUGGACAAGCCAGCUUGUCAUUACGCCUGACCCAUCUGGCCUUGACGCCACAUACGAGGUUCAGCUCAAGGGAGCACGCCCUUCGACCGAGGCACUGAUGGCCUCGUCUAUUCGCGAAUAUUUAUGUUCACGAGCUAUGCAUGCGUUGGGUGUCCUCACCACUCGGUCUCUUGCUUUGGUUUAUCUAUAUGAAGUGCGCGUACUAGGUAACUUUGAAGCGCUUUCUCCUCCUUCACGCGCAAUGGUUUUCUUCGGUGGGGAACAGCAGUAUGCCAACUAUGAAGCUCUCCGCAUCUUUGGAGAAUGGACUGUCAAUCGCAUUCUUGAGCGCGACGGUGUCAAUCUCAAUGCCAGCGAUGCUUGGGGAAAGGGCUGGUCUUUAAAGUGA